GAAGAAUUCUAAAAAAAAAUGUAUCAAAUUGAUGAAGAUAAAGGGUUUCAUAUCCCAACACCUCCUCUCACAAUAAACCAACCCAACGACACGAUUAAUCCCUCCCAAUUUUGCAUUAUUUCACCAAAUCACAAUAAAUUCUUACCAAAUCUCCACUCUUAUCUUCCACUCCAUGACCUAACCUCUUUAAACCCUACACUUGAUACACAAUCACCUAGCCCUAAUAACAGCAUUAUCAACCCCAUAAUAUGUUCUGAUGAUCAAGCAAAUAAGGAGCAAAGCGAGGAGCAAGAAAUUAGAAGGCUGAAGAGAAUGAUAUCAAAUAGAGAGUCAGCUAGAAGAUCUAGGCUUCGCAAACGCAAGCAACUUGAGAACCUUCAAUCACAAGUUUUACAACUUCUUGCUGCAAAUCAUCAACUCGCCGAGAAGCUCAAUCUUGUCAUGGAGUCUAACUACGAAAUACUUCAAGAGAAUUCUCGGCUUAGGGAUGAAGCCAUCUGCCUACGAAACCAGCUGCUCAUGUCGAUGAAAUGCGAUCUAGGACUCGAAGAAGAUGGUGCAUGUACCAUUAGACCUAAUCAAUCUGUCAAUAGUCCCAAUAGCAUCACUAGUUCCAUGGAAGUUUUACGUCAAAACUGUGAGUGA